AUGACUGAUUCGGUCGAGUCGAUUGUCGGCAAGUUGAACAUUUCACCACAGACUAUUCCAGAGGCAUCUUCGAUCGAUCAUUCCAUCUCACAGCUCUCGCCCAUCGAAAACCUCAGCAGACAUUCUAGCACCACGUCCAUAAGAGUGCCGCGGGCGUCGAGGAUAUCUGCCGCGGGAUCUCGACGCUCAUCGCGACGCUCGAACUCGGGCUUCUCCUCGGCGAGUCCUGCUGCUGCAUUCCUUGCCGGCUGGGGUAGAGGUGACCCAGAUGAACCAGCACCGGAGCCGAAACCUGACGAUGAGGGCCAAUCGAUCGGUAUCAACAACGAGUUCGUCAUCGGUCCACAAAUCGCCCAGGGCGCCUUUGGUGUCAUCAAGGAAGUUCACUCACUCGAUGCACAUGGGAAUCGAACGGUGCGCGCUGUCAAGAUCAUUCACAAGGCCGUCCCUGGGAUCAGUGACGCUGAAGCCGAAAAGAUUUCACUGCAGGUGGAACACGAGGUAUCAAUCUGGCGAUGUCUCAACCAUCCUCACAUUUUGAAGCUACACUCGGUGUAUGAUACCGAUUUUGCCUUCYUUUCUGUCAUGGAUCUUAAUGUCGGAGGAACUUUGCAUGAUAUGGUUCGGAAAACGAGGCAAAGUGCGUCAAGUAACCAUGGCCGAAAGGGACUUUUGCCGCAACUUGCCAAAACCUACGCAUAUCAAUUGGCGUGCGCAUUGAGAUAUUUGCAUGAGGACAUUCGCGUCUGUCACCGCGACGUCAAGCUUGAGAAUYGUCUGGUCGAUCUCUCCUCGGCGGGCGCCGAGGAACAAGGCGGUUUCCUUCGACUCUGCGAUUUCGGCCUGGCCGAUUUCCUGCAGAGUGCCCAGCAUGCAGACGUGGAUGACGCGGGAUCUGAUCGGCAGUAUCAACGCCUCUCGCUGAAAGAAGGUGAUCCUAUCAUCAUGGCAUCCUCCGUCAUCGGCACACUCGAAUAUGCUUCGCCUAAGGGGCUUACUGUAGAUCGCAAACUGUUCGAGACGGCUGGAGACAUAUGGGCAUUCGGGGUGGUUGUCUACGCACUGUGCACAGGUGACCUGCCGUUCCGUCAUGCCAUGCCCAGCAAGACCGCCGAGCUUAUCAUGAGCGCCGAAUACGACGAGAACGCUUUGCGGGAGGCCGCCUCUGGUGGUGGCGAGGUUAUUGACCUUGUCAAGGGCUGUCUGGAGAGAUCGGUUGAGGAUCGGUUCACAAUUGCUGAUGCUCUGCGAAGUCCUUGGUUCGAAGGCUGCCGUGAGGAUGCCGAGGAAUCCUCUGCAAUGGGAGCAUGGACCUGA